AAAUUUCUAAGAACUUAAAUUUUUCAUUUUUCAUCCAUGAAAAGGAGCUACCUAAAUUUUUCCAACGCUUAUAUAUUGCGUGCAUGAGAAGCAUGGUUUAGUAAAGAAAGUAAAACCAUGGAGCAGUUCUAUCAAUCCCUUCUGCUCCUGUUUGUGUCUCUCGUCCCUCUCUCAUUUUUCUUCCUUUUCUACAGGCAUAAUGCUAAGUCCUCCGUCCCCAACUUGCCACCGGGAAAUAUGGGGUUUCCGGUGGUUGGCGAGAGCAUUGAGUUUAUAUCAUUAUGGUGGAAAGGGAAUCCAGAGAAGUUCAUAUACGAACGCAUGUCAAAGUACUCUUCCAAAGUGUUCAAGACCUCUAUCUUUGGCGAGAAUACGGUCAUGGUCUGUGGAACCGCAUGCAACAAGUUCUUGUUCUCUAACGAAAACAAACUGGUCGCGUCUUGGUGGCCAGACAACGUCAACAAGAUAUUCCCAGAGGCGGUUGAAAACUCAAAGGUUGAAGCCAAGAAGCUGAGGAACAUACUCCCUCAGUUCCUCGGCGCCCAAGCCCUCCAACGUUACAUUAGCGUAAUGGACACCAUUGCCCAAAGACACUUUGCUUUGGAUUGGGAGAACAACACCUCUGUUACCGUGUUCCCCUUGGCCAAAAGGUAUACCUUCUGGGUGGCUUGCCGUUUGUUUAUCGACGUUGAUGAUCCGAUCCAUGCGGAAAGUCUUUUGGAGACUUUCAAUAGAAUAGCCCCAGGAAUCAUGUCAGUGCCCAUUGACUUGCCUGGAACUCCGUUCAACAAAGCCAUCAAGGCCUCCAAGUUCGUUAAGGAGAAGCUGUUGAAAAUUAUCAGACAGAGGAAAGAGGAACUGACCAAUGGAACAGUGUCACAAACUAAGGAUUUUUUGUCUCACAUGUUAUCAUCAUGCGAUGAGAAUGGACAAUAUAUGACUGAACAAUAUAUUGCUGACAAGAUCCUUGGCCUGUUGGUAGGAGGCCACGACACUGCAAGUUCUGUAUGCACUUUUGUUGUCAAAUACCUCGCUGAGCUCCCUCUCAUUUAUGAAAAUGUCUAUCAGGAACAAAUGGAGAUUGCAAAAUCGAAAGCUCCGGGAGAAUUGUUGAAUUGGGAUGACAUCCAGAAGAUGAAAUAUUCGUGGAAUGUUGCUUGUGAAGUAAUGAGACUUGCGCCUCCAGUCCAGGGUGCUUUCAGGGAAGCCAUGGAUGACUUUUUGUUAAAUGGAUUCUCAAUUCCAAAAGGCUGGAAGUUGUAUUGGAGUGCAAGUACAACACACAAGAAUCCAGAGUGGUUCGCAGAGCCAGAGAAGUUUGAUCCAAGUAGAUUUGAAGGAACAGGACCAGCUCCUUAUACUUAUGUACCAUUUGGAGGAGGGCCAAGGAUGUGCCCUGGAAAAGAGUAUGCUCGAAUGGAAAUAUUGGUGUUCAUGCACAACUUGGUCAAAAGGUUCAAAUGGGAAGCCAUUAUUCCUGAUGAGAAUAUUUUUUAUGAUCCCAUGCCUGUUCCUGCCAAAGGCCUUCCUGUUCGUCUUUAUCCUCACCAACCUUGAAAGGACUUAUACUUUUAUAUUCUUCAACCAAUUUCAAUCCUUGUGUCCCAAGUUAUGCCCUAAAUCCUUGGGCCUCAAGUUAUUACCUAAAGUAUCUAAAGUAUGAAUAAUGCCUCAAGUAGGCUUUUUAUGUC